AUGGCUCCUGCUACUACGACCGCCUCAGGGCGUCCGAAACGGAAACGCCAGCGCCGCAGACGCACCAACAUCAGCUCCGACGAGUCCGACAGCUCGUCGUCGAGUUCAUCAUCCUCGGGCGACUCGUCGUCCGACAGCGAGUCCGACAGCCCUGCCGCGCCUGCGCCCGCUCCAGUCCAACCUGCACAAGCAUCAAAAGCGACUGAGCAGGCUGAAUCGAGCGACUCGGGCGACGAGGAUGCGGAGUCCGACUCGAGCUCGAGCAGCAGCGGGUCCGACUUGAGCUUCUUGAGCGAUACGGGGGACCGGGGUGGACGACGGAGGGGGCGUGGGAGACGACGGGCUGCGCAGGCGGCGGCGGACGGGGCGGUCAAUGGGUCGGCAGCGGCAGGUCCAGCGACGGGCGACUUGCAGCAGACGGGACAGGCGAGCGAGGCGCGGAGACCGUAUCCUGAGCGCUCUCCGUCUCCUUCAAUGCUUGUACGAGCAGACCCGAGUUCGUUUGUCCCGCUCGGGACGAGCCUGUUCCCGUUGUUGCAGGCGCGAGUGGACAAGCAGAAGGAGGAGGGGGCCAAGGUGCUGGACGGGCUAGUGGAAGGGGACGAGGGGAACGAUGCGGAUGCAGAAGAAGACGAGGAGAAGGGCAAGAAGCGCGAGGACCGCUUUGGAGACUGGUGGCGAGCGCGGCUGGUCAGCGAGUUCGAGGGAGAUUUGGGUAGUCUCGCCGCGGAACCCGGCCUUACGCCCUCACGACUAUCCCUCCUCCUGACAUCCCUCACGACCCUCUCUUCCCUCCACACCUCUUCCGCCGCGCCCGCCUCUUCGAUCUGGAAGCACAAUCCUUCCGCCUCUCUCGACCCUCUCGCAUCUCUACCUCGUCCUUCAGCAGACGACGACGCGUUCAUGGGCGGCGCAGACGGCGAGGACUGGGCGCGAACGAAGGUCGGUGGAGAAGGCGACGUCGAGGUUGGCGCGGAGGGCGUCGUCGCGGACGAGAAGCGGAGCGUGAAGGCCAAAUCGAAGAAGGAGAAGCGCAAGUCGCUUCCUGCGCCGCAGGUGGACGAGGUGAAGGAGCAGGAGGUCGUCGCGUCGAGUCCGGCGAAGGAGGGCAAGAAGGAGAAGAAGAGUCGCAAGAAGGGUCGGAAGAGUGGCGUGUCAGAGGCUGGAGACGCGAUGGACGUAGAUGCGUGA